AAAAUACUCUUCCUCCUGCCAGAGAUUGUCCACAAGCGAUGGAUGUUCCAUAGCAUUGGGCGUGUCAUCAAGAAACUGCUGCAUCCAGGAAAUAGUCUUCAGCUUCGUCGUCAUGGUGUCAGAUUCUUUCUCAUCUGGUACCAGUGUCUGCAAGACAACGCAAGUGAGGAAUGUCACCAGAUCUUUUACAACCUAGUGCCAGGCCUCAGCCACAAGGGUCACGACUUGUUGACAUUGAUGACCGACAACAUUACAUCGGCUGACAACAUCGGAGGAAUUAUUGCAGCGGGAGAGAUCACGGCCAUUCUUCCUGGACAAGCAGAGAAGUUGCCAGAAAAUCUGACCAAGUAUUUUCUAGACAGUUUGCUAAACUACAUGGUGUCUGAGGUGAUCAAAGUUGAGUGGACGAACAAAGGAAUGAGAGAGCAGAGUUUUGAAUUUUUGUUUAAUAAGUUCAAGGUGAAGUACCUGCACUGGCUGCUGCCUGACUUUGUCUGUCGAGACAUUUUUGAUCCUGUGCAAG